AUGGCAAACCAAUCCGAUAAAAGAAUUGCCCAAGAGAAUCUCAAGUGUCUUAAGAAUCUUAAAUGGGGGUUCAUCAUCGUGAACGUGAUUUAUGUUUGUUUCAGAAUUCUAUAUCAUUACGAAACGUUCACAAGUUGGAUCGCUGUGUUAUACUUUGUUACUUCGGGUAUUAGUAUGUUUUUAUGGAUGAAAAUCAUAUCACAUGGAUCACCGAGGUUUGGGCCUAGUGGAAAUGUUGAAUGGCCAGGCAAUGAUUUAAACUCCAGGGGAUUGACCGAGCAAAUACCAUUAUAUGCGUUGUAUAAGAUCUGGACGCUUUUCAUACAACCAAGUAUGUUUUUAGGUGAUGAAGGAACCGCUCCACAGGAACAAAGCAAACGUCAAAAAAAAAUUGAAAAAAAGCAUUCAAGACGAUGA